AUUUUUCUAUACCGGAUGUUGACAUUCCGCCCAGAACAAAAUUGUCUGAAAAAUCGAUCACCUACCAGAAAGUCCUUUUCUGACUUAUGAUGAAUUAAUUAAUGCGAUCAGAAGUCAUUCUCUUCAUCAAUAAGUUGGAGACCAUGGUUUAAUUGUCUGCUCAAGAGAAAUUUGACCUACAUAAUGGCAGAGCAAGAUUUGGCACAAGCUGAAAAAGCUCUCGACGAAGGCCUGUUUGAAAAUGAGGAACAGGAUUUAGAGUUUGAUGAAUGUGGACUGGAGUUGGCUGCAAAAGAAGCUGACCUAGAUUAUGAAGCUGAAUUGGAAGGAAAUUUUUCCAAUGAAAGCUACAGCUUACCAGAACAAUGGGAAUCUGGUAGAGCAAUAUUACCCACAAUCACCGACUGGAACAGCCCGGAGUUAACGAGGGAGGGAGCAGAUGGCCCCGCCCCCUUCCGUAGCGGUGCCAUCACCCCUGAUGGACUCAUUGAUGAGGAUUUUGAGGCAGAGAUUGGUACCCCAUCCUUAAAUAACUAUUUCCAGGAUGAUGAAGAAACUGAUGUAGAAUUUCAGGACAUUGCUGAGCACAAAAUCUUAGAAGUGGCAGGAGAUGACCUCUAUGGUAGGAAGGUCAUUGUCUUCGCGGCCUGUAAAUUACCUCCAAGUACGCAGAUUGACCAUCAACGUUUACUACAGUAUAUGAAGCAUGUUCUGGACCAGUAUGUAGAGAAUGACUAUGUGCUGGUAUAUCUUCACUUUGGCCUCACCAGUAAAAAUAAACCUAGGCUUUCCUGGCUGAUACAGAUAUAUAAAGAACUCGAUCGCAAGUACAAAAAGAAUCUCAAGGCUUGUUAUAUUGUUCACCCAACCAACUUCAUUAAAAUCUUAUGGAAUAUAUUUAAACCUUUUAUCAGUGUCAAGUUUGGAAGAAAAAUAAUGUAUGUUAACUACUUACAUGAGUUGAAAGCCCACUUACAUUUUGAUCAGUUGGUUGUGCCACCAUUAGUACUGCAACAUGAUGCUAAACUGGUGUCCUCCAAUAAGCCUAAGUAUCCCUAUGGUGUAGAUAGCAGUGAUGCUGGUACCCUGCCCACUCAGCAGUAUGGAGUUACUCUUCAGCAUAUAAAGAAUCAUUACCGUUGUGUCAUUCCCCCCGUGGUAUCUCAGACAGUGGAUUAUCUCAGGCAGAAUGCACUGGAUGUAGAAGGAAUAUUCAGAAGGUCUGCCAAUGCUGUAAACUUGAAAGCAGUGCAGAAAAAAUUUAAUCAUGGGGAGAAGGUAGAUUUCUCAGUGGAGGGCGAUGAACACAUUCCAGCCGUGGCGCUAAAAAUCUUCCUACGAGACCUUAAGGAACCCCUUCUAACCUUUGACCUUUAUCAACCAAUACUCAGGCUUCACACGGUUGAAGACGAGAGGAAGGUGUCAGAGGUGAGAAGAAUGCUGCAUGAGGAGCUGCCAGAGGACAAC